UCAAGUAAUUUCGUGUAGCAAACUUCAUACUAUUCUUACUAAAACGGGUACUCCCGCGUCCACGUUUUCAUCGCGGAAGUGCGACAAAGAUGGCACCUAAACACGAACACACAUAUAUAUAUUUAUAUAUAUAGGCUCAACUCUCACGAACGGCGUAAUGGUAAUUCAGUUCAUAAUUCAUAUACGGAACUCGCUCUUCUCUCCGUUUGCUAAUGGACACUCGAAAUUCGUAGAAUAAAAGAAUGAUUAGUGGUUUAUUAACCACUUAAAUAGUACAUGGAGGACGUUGAUAUAUUUAAAGAACAAUGGUGAACGAGAAUGUGGAACAAGACAAGGCAAUUGCAGUGUACUCAAGGCGAAGGCCAUUGAGACUUGACGAGUUACCCUGUGAGAUCAUUUUGUUGAUAUUCGACUACUGCCAUGUCUUCGAUUUGGUACGACUUAGGCGUGUCUGUUCACUUUUUAAUAAUCUUGCCAAAGAUCACAGCUUGUGGUCCAAAAGAAGUCAUCGCACCCUCGCCACUAAUCAAGUCUCGUUGCGAUUCCAGUCCAGAUGUAAUCCAAUUCUAACCGAUAUCGCAAAAUGGGAAGUGACGCAUAACUGGAUGCACGGAAGAUAUCAAAAGAACGUUGUUUUCUCGCAAAAGACGAAAUUGAUGCCGUGGAUGCAGUUGACUAGUGACGUGUUGUGGUGGAGCGGUGGAAAUCAAUUAUGUGGAUUCGAGAGAAACAAUAUCUGCAAUUCUAAAAGUCGAGUUUAUUAUCAGAUUACUACCAGUGAUAUUUGCAAGUUUACCGUGAGAGACGAGUACAUUAUCACUGGACAUAGAGACGGUAGCAUCCAAUUUUGGUCGAAAGACUCGUGGUAUCAACGUAUUCCCCACUACAAUACCAGUAUUGAAAAUGCGCAUUCCAGAGAUGUAGAAGCGGUGGACGAAGCAGGUGACAUUGUAUUCUCCGGUUCUGCCGAUGGCAUGGUUAAAGCUUGGAAGUCACCUAGAAGUCGGGAGAUCAUUUCUCAAGAUCCUCUAGCCUCGUUUCGGAUUAACGAUCGCAUCUGGUCAAUUGCAAUCGAUUCUUCCGGUGAAAAACUUGCUGUUGGCUCUGCCGGCAAUGCUAGUGCUCCACUCACCAUUUGUGAUACUACAAAUUUUAGUCGAACUCACCAAAUACUUCAUACAUGGAGACCUGGUGCUGGAAUUUUGGACAUGGUAUGGGAAAAUCCUCAUACAUUACUUACUUGUGGGUACGAUACUUGUAUAAGAAAGUGGGAUAUAAGAUCUGGAAGAUGUGUCAGUUAUUGGACUGAUCCUACCGACGCCACAAUAUACUCUAUAUCAUCUGAUUACAAUAAUACUAUGGUAACUGGUACCCAGUUUAAUUGUAAAGCUGUAUUGUGGGAUCAACGAAACCCACAAUAUGUACAGCUUUACUUUAUGCAUCUUCAAAGGAUGUCUAGCCCAAUUUAUAGUGUAUCAUUUGAUAGUAGUCAUCUUUAUGGUGCCACAGAUCAGAAUGUGGUAGAGGUGAAAUUCACCGGAGAACCGAGCAUCAAGAAAAAUUAUCGCGAAAUCAUGAAAUAUGGAACCUUUUUACCACACGAAAGAUAAAUUUAUUACUAUUUA